AUGCGUCCACCACUCCCAAUCGUCAAUCCCCGCGUCGAUCCUCCUCAAUUGGUUUACCGUCCCCAAGACGCCAAGAUCCAACCUCGUAAACCCGAGGGCUUCGUUCCCGCCGUGCAGCGGUGGUCGGCGGUUCUUCCCGAUGAGCUGGUGGUAGCUACGUUCGGGGUCCAAGCUCUCGACGCCGAGCACCUUGAUGGCGAGUUCAUGAGGUGGGCAAGGAUCGCGCUCGGCUCCUCGUCCUCCCCCUCUUCCGCCCCGUCCGCAGACGCACCCUGUAUCGUCGACCACGCGCGAUACACAGACGCUGCGAGGUAUCACCACCACGUCGUGGUUGCGUACUGGCGGAAUCCCGAAUCUUAUGCCCGCUGGUCCGCGUCCCAUGAGGAAUGGUGGAAUACUGCUGCAGACAGGAGUGAGGGGGUAUACCGUGAAGUGGUGCAUGUCCCCUCCGAACGCGCCGAGACGAUUUACUGGCUCGACUAUCCUGGCGGCCUUAUGCGGGAUGCGCGCACCGAACUCUAUCCAACGCCCUACUGCGGGUACUAUGGAGCGAUGCGGGACCGUCUUCCCGCAGCGGCGGAGGAUCUCCUUGAUGCGCCCAAGCCGGAUAGACAUGUCAAGAGCGGUACGCACGGUCGGUGGCGGGUUACUCUGCCCCAUAAUGUGGCGGUUAUUCGGUCGGCGCAUACUUGGCAAUUUAUGGAUGAGGAACAGCUCGCCGAUUAUGGACGUAAACUCAAACCACCGCUCGAGAAGGGGAUGGACUUCCUCGCUACCACUCCUGAAAGCGGAUGUCUUUCUCUUCGGUGGCUUACUGUCACCAAUGAGGAAGGAGUGGAGAAGCCUGAAGCCCAUGCUACGGCGUACUUCGCCUCACUGGGGGAUAUGGAGGUAUGGGCUGAGCGACACCGCACGCACGCUGCCAUCUUCGGCGCUGCUGUUGCCAGGUACAAGCACUACGGCGGGAGAAACCAGUUGCGGACGUGGCACGAAGUGUUUGUCCUUCCCGAAGGCCAGACGUUUGAGUACAUCAACUGCCAUCCCGAGACUGGCCUCCUGCCCUUCUUCGACGGCGAGCGCGUAUCAUAA